AUGGAUCAGCGGACGCUCAGUCCAGCUGCCUAUUUGCGAUGUGUGGCUAUUGGUAUUGGGUAGGUUGCUGUAAUUUUUAAAAAAUAUUGUCUUUUUAUUUAAAAAUUUAAAUUUUAUACCUUUUUUUGAAACUUGGAUCUAACAAAAUUAAUUUUUUUUGUAGCGGAAUGGGCUACUGGACCCAAAACUUUUGUCCAGCUGGAAUGGUAUUCGAGUUCUUAAGUCAACAAUGCAAGUAUCCGACGCCAGUUAAUGAACUCCAGAGUAACAGUAUUCAAAAAGGGCUACAGUUAAUGAAUAUUGGUAUGUUUUAACCUAAUGAAAUGAGUUUUUGAUGUAAAAUACUAUGAUAAAGAAAUUAAACUUAGGUUUCGUAUUUUACCAUACCUAACACAUCUUUUUACAAUUUUUAAAACACUCUUACUAUUACAUAAUUUUGCAAAAUUUUUAAAAGUAAUUAUAGUAUUAUGCGCAUAACUUGCAAAAAAUUAAUUUUUCAGCAAUUCUUAACGGUUCUUGUACCCAUGGUGAACAAUGUAUUGGCGGUACAGUAUGUGAUCCUAUUCAAGGACGUUGUCUAUGUCCUUAUGGAACUGUAGCCAACCUUGAGACAUUAUCAUGUACAGCUACACCUGCCCUUGGACCUGCGCCAAAAACGUCGCCACCAGGUAUCAUUUAGCCAAUUUCUAGGCUGCCGAUAGGUAUCAUAAAACAGUAUUAUUUCGUUAACAAGAUCUUUUAAAAAUAUAUUUUAUAUUUUCUGUAGUAUAUUUCGAUUUUUGUUAAAAAUAUUUUUCUUUACAAAUCGUUUUAUGUUCAGGUGAAUCUUGUGCCAAUGGCGAGCAAUGUUCUGGAGGGUCAAUUUGCGUCACCUCACUUUGGAAAUGUCUAUGUCCUCAGGAAUUGGAAAACAUUAACGGACAAUGUGUGCAGCCGGCUUACAACAGUCUCAAAGGUAAGAAGAACAAUUUAGAAACAAUACAUUAUUGUCUCGUUUUUUACUUUCCGUUACCUAUACCUAUUAUCAAGCCCAAUACUUAUUCUUUAAUUAUUAUUAGCCAAUACUUACUCUUCAAUUCCAAAGAAUCCUAAAAUCAUUACCUAAUUUAAAAAAAAAUUUCCUAUAACCAGCUUAAACCCCAACUAUCAGCAAUUUAACCCUAGCUAUCGCCCCAUUUCAGUAGCGCUUCACGGUGCCUGCACUGUAUCAGCUCAAUGCCCAGAUGGCAGUUCCUGUGUGAACAGUCAAUGUCUCUGUGUAGCACCAUACGUUGAAGCUGGUGGAGCAUGUGUUGAAAUGCAGAAGACGCCAAAAACCGCAGGUCCUGGAGAACUGUGUAAUCACGGUGAAGCCUGUCAACGUGGAUCAGUCUGUGAUUCCAAAAUACCUGUUUGUGUUUGUCCUCCAGGAACAGACUUGGAGAACGGAGAGUGUGUUCAGGUUAGAACGACAUUAGCUGCUUUGAACACUUUCUACAGUAAGCCAACAAAGAGUAAGUUUUUGGCAUAAGUAUUGCUUCUGCUUGUUAACAAAGUGUUUCAAUCUUAAAAUCAAUCCAACAUUUUCUUGCUUAUCUUCUUUUCAAAAUCAUAUAACAAACGUUAGCAUUGUUUUAACAUUAUAAAGUUAUCUUUCCUUGUUUUAGGUAUUGAAUCCCAAAAAUCUUACGGAAAGUACGGUCCACAAACGCCAGCCUACCCUAAUCAACAAUACAUCAACACUCCAUCACAAGUCAUAUACCCACAGCCAGCUACAAUGAUGCCACAAACCAUGCCCAACACCCUACCCACACAGCCCACUCCACCUCGAGCUGCGCCCGUUUCAACUCGACCCACAAAUCCUUUCAAGAUUACAUCCAACAACAAGGUAGCAGUCGGUCAGCCAUGUACUUUGAAUGCUGACUGUACUACUGAUGCCUACUGUAACGGCAAUACCACCCCUCCAACAUGUCAAUGUCUAUCCACUCAUGUUGAAGUCAACAACAAAUGUGAGAAAAGUAAGUUUGAGAUACUGUAGUAUGAUCUUGAGUAUAGUACUGUACCCAGGCCAAACCGGCUGCACUGUUGACAAACAAUGUCAAGCAGCCUUCCCCGGAACACGCUGCCAAAAUCAGCAAUGUGUGUGCCCACAGGGUCUAAUCGCUAAAGAACAGACUUGUGUCGUAGGUAGGUAUAGUGAGAACCUAUAUAACACAUUGUGUGAUACCUUAUACAUUGUGAUAAGCUGCAUGACUUAUAUCAUGUUUUCUGUAAAUCGAAAACAUAUAUAAAGCUUCAUGCAGUUUUAACAUAAUCAGUGAGUGUGACGUGAACAGUGUGACAAACCCUAUUAAAACCCCUCCUCCUACCUCCGAUUUAAUAUCAAUAACAAUAUUAACAUACCCACUAACAACUUCCCCUUGCAGUGAAAACCCUUCCAGGCCAGCCAUGUGAUUCAACCUCAAAACAAAACGAUUGUAUCAAAGGUGCAGAGUGCAUCGACUCCCAAUGCGAAUGCAUUUCCCCUCUUUUGCAUUGGAAGAAGAAAUGUGUCCAUCGUGACGACAUCAGACUUCAUCCUCACGAAUCCAUGGCUUGUAUAGAACAAUUAGACUGUCCUACUGGCUUCAUUUGUGUUCACGGUGCUUGUGAAUGCUCGAUUGGAUCCAAGUUUCAAAACGGAAGAUGUUUGAAAGACUCGUUGAUCGCUAUGCAAUAUGAACCUGAAGUCACCACGGUUGUGGUUAACAGCCAAGGAAAUCACAAAGUGAAUAUGGACAAAAACGACAUAAAUAAUGAAAACGGUAUUCCAACUAUAAAAAAUAAUAUCUUGACAACUGAAUUACAUAUGAACAACAACAUCAGUGACCCAACAGACAAUGGUAUCGAUGGAGAAGAGACAAGUGAUCUAACAAACUCCAUGGACUCGUUAUUGUUAUCAAAACAAGCUGCCGAAAGCUUGGAAAAGAUCUUCAAUGUACUAAUAAAGAUGAAACUAGAUUCAACAGACUUCAACACUGACAAUUCUACGGGUUCAACCAAUGAUCCGAGCAACUACCACCCAGAGAACUUCAACACACCAAUAAAAGCUCAAUAUACACCACCUUUGAACAACAAUAUCUUUAAGGAAAGUUUUAGCAAAGACAAAAUAACAAAAUUAGAAGUUCAUAAAAACUCACAACCAUCAAUAAAAACAAAAAGUUUGGCAAAUUCUUCAUCGAAUCAAAAUGUAACAACCAAAAACAUCAAGGAUAACAUGAAUAACUCACCAGAUUUGUCAAAGCUUUGGCUUCAAGACGAUUCCAACGAAAAAUACAAAGAAUUCUCACUGAAUCCAAGGAAGAUUGACUUUUCAAGAAAGAAAAGAUCAAGUACGGGCGCCAAGAUUGUUGGAGAACCAUGUUUGGAAGGAGACAUCUGUCUUAAUGGAACCUCUUGCAUCAACGGUACUUGUUCUUGUCCAGCUGAAUAUGAAAUGAAAGUAAGGUUAAAGUCUUUAUUAAUAACAUUAAAUUAAAAACUAUAUUUUUUAUGAAAAAGGUAUCAACGAAUAAUUGUAAAAGUUCGUCCAGAAAACCUGUCAUCUUUUAAAGAUAUCGAAGUGUCAAUAUUAACUUUUUGGUUUCCGAACAUUUUUCUGUCUUCACAACGAAAUUAGUCAAAAUUUAUUGUUUACGACUUGUAUAAGGCAAUAUAAAGUUUAGACAAAUUAAAAAAGUUAUAUUAAUGAUAUUAUUAAGAUUAAAUAUUAAAAUUAUUAAUUUCAAUUUUUUUCCAGAGCGGAAAAUGUCGCAGAAUCGCGAAGAUUGUGGACCUAAAUCAACGUUGUGAUCCCGCCGUUGAUGAAUGUCGUAAUGGAGCAGCUUGUCGCCGUGGAAUCUGUGCUUGUGUAGACGGAGCUCUGGAACAAAACCAACAAUGUCGUCAAAGAGUUGGAGGAUCGUGUGUUCAUGGAGAACAAUGUACGGCGGGUGCUGAAUGUGAUAGCACCAAGAAGAAGUGUGAAUGUCCUCGAGGAUUCACAGAAGAGAAACGAAAGUGUAUCAGACAGUUAGCUAGUGUUGGAGAGAGCUGUGAAGAUGGAGAACUUUGCACUGGAAGUUUGUGCAAAAACGGAAAAUGCGAAUGUGCAUCAGAAGAUUACGAAAUUAUGGAUGGGAAAUGUGUGAGAGUGCGGUUGGUUUCGACUAAUAUGGAGAAUACAAUACAUCAUAGUCCGCCUAAAACUACAAAGAUCCCAAUGACAACGACGCAAAAGGCAAAAGUGAAGAAUAAACCUAAAACAAUUUCGAAGAAGAUAGAGAAACCGACCAAAAAUAAGGGAAAGAAGAUGAGCAGCUUGCCGAUACCUCCUCCAAUGUUAGCUACUGCAAAACCUGGCCAAAUGUGUGCUGAUGGAGAGGCUUGUAUUGGGGGUUCUAUUUGCAAGGAUGGGAUUUGUAGCUGCUCGGAUGAAGAGAUUAUCAUCGACGACAAGUGUGUGAGCAGUGAUGGAGAGGCUUUACAGGUGAGUGUUGAGGAAGGUCUUGGAUUUAUUUAUUAGAAUUAAGUUUUAUUAAAUUAAAGGUAACUUUUACACAAGAUCUUGUUAUUAGUUGUUUAAAUUUUAAUAUAUUUGUGUUUUAUGUGAUUUAAUUUUAGGCAAUUGAACGAAUAACAAAGUCAGCGCCAGGUCAACUCUGCACUGAUGACACGAUUUGUACGGGCAAUUCCAUCUGCAUAGCUAAUGUUUGUGUUUGUCCUGAAGGCGCGACAUUAUUCCAAAAAGAAUGUCUGAAACGUGGUCGAAACUCCGACCUCAGCACAUUGAAGUCCCAAUCAACCUUGUUCAACGUGAAUGCGCUUGAUGCAAUCGAUAGUGCAGUGAAAACUGUGGUACCCGGUGCAAUGUGCAAGCUGUCACUCGAAUGUCCGUAUCGUACUGAAUGUAUCCGAGGAGUUUGUCGCUGUCAACGAGGAGAGACCAUCGUGAACGGGAUGUGUCGGAAGGCGAUUCAUGAAGUACCACCUGGAGGCCGCUGCGACGCUCAGAAAGGACUGGAUUGUGUGGGGGAAUCGCACUGUUUCUACGGUAUCUGUGUGUGUUUAUAUGGACUGGUUACCACGGCUCACGAAUGCGCGUCUUCUGAAGUUCUGAAGGUCGCGGAUCCUGGAGAAUCUUGCGAGCUGAGUCAACAAUGUGGUGGAGGGUCGGAGUGCAUAAGUGGAAUAUGCGAAUGUCCUAAGGAUAAGGUAUUGGAUCAGGAGAAGUCACAAUGUCUGUCCAAACCUUUGAAGGGAUUCUUUUCUUACCCAGACUCGAAAUCAGAUGGAGAGAAGCCAGACAACUUGAUCUACGGUAACCCAGAUGACAUUCCACAGAGCAGAUUCAAUCAGAUCUUGUCAGCCAAACAGAUGAGCAUCAAUGUGGUUGAUCUAGAGACAUUGAAGGCCUUGAUUGGAGGUCAGUUCACCAAGUUGGCCGGAGCCGGCGAGAAAUGUGACGAUACUUAUUGUACUAGUGGCGCCAGAUGUGUUAGAGGACUGUGUCAAUGUCCAGAUGGAUAUCAAGAUGAGAACGGUUACUGCCAGCCGGCUGAUCAAAACUCUGGUAACCAAGGAACUGGCUCUAAUAUUGGUCAACCUAAUGAAGAAUACAGUAAUCAACAAGAGAUACAAAGUAAUACGGUAGAUCAACAGCAACCCUACACUCAAGAAGCCCUGUACCAACAGUACCAGCAACAACAACAACUUCAGAACAUGUUGUACCAACAACAAUUGUAUGGCCAAGCUCCAAUGUAUAUACCUGGUAAUGGCUACGGUAGUGGUAUGUUUCCAGCACUUCCAGGAGCCUACUGCAGCCCAAACACUUAUUGUUAUGGAGGGUCGAGUUGUAAUAAUGGUAUUUGCAUGUGCAGGCCAGGUUAUCGACCGAUUAAUGGAGCUUGUCAAGUUCAGAGAGUGGCUUUGGGAGAUCAGUGUGCUGUAAAUGAACAAUGUGUUACUAAUGGCAUAUGUCAAGAUGGAGUAGGUUUAUAUUUAAGAUUUUUGUUUAAGGAAACAUUUUUUUAUAACAUGAUUACUUUAAAGUAAUAUUCAUAGUUAAAAUAUUAAAGGUGUAAGGCAAUAAUCCGAAUAACUAUUAUAUUGUUUUAGAUAUGUUCUUGUGGUCGUGGAGUCCACUUCCAUCACAGACAUCGCUGUCCAGAACGAGUAACAGCUCGACCAGGUGAAGAAUGUAACAACAACCAAGUCUGCUCCUUCAACUCUGUCUGUAGCACUACAAGUGGAGUAUGUGAAUGUCCAGUAGGCCUAGAGACGUCAGUAGUCCAAGGUUCUGGAGAAUGUGUGACAACAGCUCGUCCUCGUGGCACAAUCUGCAUGGCUUCAUCUCAAUGUCACAAGAACAGUUAUUGCGAUAACGGCUUCUGUAUGUGUAAAGCCGGCUUUGUAGUUGGCCCAGAUGGCAUUUGUCUACCUCAACCUAAGGCUGUAGUUGAAGAUGUGAACAACUACAUGAGUCCAGAAUACCCUCCAUCUGCUCCAGCUAUCAACUUCCAUCCGAAGACAAUAGAAGCCAUGUAUUCAAGGAAAAAGCUUGUAGCGCCUCCAGAAAUGUCUUCAGAGAAACGACUUCAUCUCGUGAUGACAUCGGCUCCAGGCGAGUUCUGUGCCACCACCAAGCUAUGUUCAGGUAAUGCUGUUUGUGUUCAUGGCUAUUGUAAAUGCCCUGAGGGAAUGAAAGUGAAAGGAAGAAGAUGCGUGGCUAAGGUGAUGAGGAGGGACCUGAGAAGAAGUCCGUACAAAAUGAAUCCCAUGGAGAUAGCAUUGAGAUUGGCAUUGAAUGAUAGUGAUGUUAUCAAGGAGAUCAAUAACAAGCAGCAAGGAGUAGACAGCCAUAAGAACGAUGAAAAAUUGAAUUUUGAAGAUUUUCACAAUGGGAAUCACGCUUUUGAAAACAUGAAAAAUUAUGAAAAAGAGGCUUCUGAAGUCAUGAAGAAUCUAAAACAAGAUUAUGAAGCCAACAACCAUGCAAAACAGGAUUUUGAAGGUUUGCAACAUGAACGACAAGCUUCUGAAUACCAAAAAAAUUUACAUCACAAUAACACUGGAUUAGGACAGCCUCAAAUAAUGCAUUCCCCACCCAAGAAAUUUCAAAAACAUGAAGCUGAGCUAGUCCAGCCAUUUUCCCGCUGCGACCUCAAGAAGCAGUGUGUUGAAGGUGCGACCUGCGUAUCCAUAACAUCGAUCGGCAAAGUCUGUAUUUGCGACAAAAACCGCAUCUUCUUCAUGGGAAUCUGCAUCAAGAAACGCGACGAUAUUCUAGUAGCUCAGAUCGGAGAACGCUGUAACAUCCAGCACAUUUGUGAGAACGGCUCCGAAUGUGUUCGUGGAAUAUGCAAAUGUCCACCAGAUCGUCGCGAGAAAGCAGGAUUCUGUCUUCGUGAAGCCAAGCCUGGCGAAAGUUGUCAGCACGACGAGUUCUGUGCUCCGAACUCAGUUUGUCGUACUGAAGUCGGGGCUUGUGUAUGUCCUGUGGGAUCGUCGGCUACAGACGCCGGCUGUACUCGCAACUCAAAGACACCGUACCCAAAUACGAAGGAGAUCAAGAAUGCUCAACCGGGUCAGUUAUGCGACACCAACCUCAAGUGUACCAACGGCUCCAGAUGCACCGGUUUUGGAUUCUGCGAAUGUCCUCAGAACUAUGCACUAGUUCAUAGUAUGUGCAUAGAAGCCGAGAAGGUACGAAAACCCGGAGAACAGUGUAGCGCGGAAUCUACAAUCUGCACCGAGAAUUCAUGGUGCAAAGACGGAUGGUGCAGAUGUCUGAAUAAACAACAUCCACACGAUGGAAAGUGUGGCUUCACCUAUCUGGAUGUUAAUGUAGCCAAGCCCAGUCUAUACCAUCCUCCAUUGACAGGGAAUUACCUGAGUCAUCUACCUAAACAUGAAAAUGGUGAUGAAUACACUCCGAAUAAGAAUCCGGUUCCAGUAGUUAUUAAUGUAGUUAGUAAUGGUCCUUUUGGAGAUGAACCAGGGAAAGAGGAGGUGAAUGUGAAUAAAAAUGACAAUAUCAAUUCGAAUAUGAAAGGAAAUAUGAAUGAAAGUGCCACAAUUGAUGCGUUUUACAGAGUAAACCAAGAUUUUAAUAUGAAAAAUGGGAAGAACAACAAGGUGAACGGUCGAAACAAUAACAUACCACAACAUUACAGCCAGUUAUCUCCUCAAAAUCAUCCAGAGAACAAAGAAAACGGGUUUUAUUGGCCAAAUCAACAACAAAACCUUAUCAAUAAGCUACCCAGAAAUCAGAAGAUGGAUCAUAAUUAUAACACAGAAGCUGUAGAAACAAAAGAUCAAAGUAGAGGCCAGAAUCUGACUUCAGAAGUGUCAAAAAACGAAGAAUUUCAAAUGAAUGAGGAAGAACUGUCUCAAAGCGACAAUUUUUCGAUUUUUGAACCAAUUUUAGACUCUGCUGAUCCUAUAUCCCCCUUGAAUUCGGUUAACAACUUCGACCCUCAUAACCCAGUAUUAAUACCUCAUUUCGUACCUACUACAAUAAGACCAAGAGCUAUGAACCGAAGAGUACCAUUGAAACAAAGUUUGGAUCAAAAGGCACCAAUGGAUCAUGAUGUUGGCCAAAAAGUACCAUUAGCACCAUUAAUCAGCCCGUUUAAUUAUGGUAACGGGAUUCUGAAUCCAUUUGUAUCAUUACCUCAACCUGUACCGCUAGAUUCAAUACCUAGUGUGGAGCCAUUCAAUAUGGGACUACCACUGAACCAAAACCAACCAUUUGGAAUGCCAAGACCAAUACCACUGAACCCGAAGGUAUAUCCAUUUCAUUCAAAUUUAAACUCCAAACCGACCAAAAUGCCACUGCCAUUCCCCGGAAACGACCAUAUCAAAGUGUUCAAACUGCGACACAAGUGCUCCACUAGUACCGACUGUCCGAUUGGGUCGUACUGUCAAUACUCAAGAUGUUUCUGCGAUAAUCUACCACUACGGAACACCACACGAGUGACAGCUGGUACUUGUAGGACAUCUCAAGAUUGUAUCGAACCUUUGAACUGUGUUGGUGGUAUGUGCAUUUGUGUACCAGCUGCUACAGCUUCGUCCGCGAAUGCUACUACUACAGCCAAAAACGACAUAAAAGUGACAAAGCCAAAGAAGACCGACUACAGUUUGGAGCCAAAACGACCCACAACUGGUCGAAUCGCCAAGAAAUUACAAACCACAAGUGUACCAGAAGCACCACUAACAGUCGACGAGGAAAUUGAGGAAGAAAUGGAAGAGUACGAAGACUUCAGUGAGGAGGAACGGGUCACAGAAUCUCCGAAAAGACACGCCAAGACUACCACGCCCAUAUUACCACCAGCUUAUGUAAAGUGCAAUCAGACGGUACUAUGUGCACUAGAUGCGGAAUGUCGUCGAGGCAGAUGUGUAUGCAUAGAUCCUAUGAAGCGACUGACGAUUCGCGAAAAGAAGCCGGUCUGUGAAUAUCUGAGAGAGAAAUUCCCCACCACCACCCCCGACCCGAUCGAAGAAGUCGUGACCCGCCCACCCAUGCCCGGAGAAAUAGGAUGGAAGUGUGAGUUCAGUGCACAGUGCAAUCGAAGACUGACUUGUGUGCAAGGAGUCUGCACUUGUGUUUCGGCGGUCGAUAACCCUUGUGGGCACGACUUCAAGGGACGAAUCGGGGGUACCACUGCCGCUGUACCAACGGUACAAUCUGGAGUGGAAAAAAAGUAUUUGAAAAGACCGAAACGAGGUAAAGUAGGGCUGUAAAUGGAGGUUGUGGACUUGUUUUGCACUGGAAAAAGGGUUGAGUACCAAAGAUUAAGGGCAUGGUAAAGCUUGAUAUUUUUAUUUGAAGUUGCUGUUAACAACCUUAACAACGCUUUUUACUCUCUUCUCACAUACUAAGUACUGUAACACUACUAAACUUAAUAACCAUACCACUAACCUCCAUCAAAAUCCUAACCUCAACUCAAAAUUCCAGAAAAAAUGACAGAAAUCCCCCCAGGCGGUAGUUGUGCCGCUGGUGAGAAGUGUGUUGGAGGGUCAGUCUGUCAUCGUGGCUGGUGUGUAUGUCCCGACCCAUUGAUGGUGAUCUACGGAGGAGAGUGUAGAAAGCCCACCUAUCAACAAGUCUCUGCGUAUAAUAAACCUCCAAGCAGCUCAGCUACAGUACCUACUACUGUACCCACCCAAUCUACCCCUCCGCCUACUGUAACACAACCCGUUCAACAACAAGUUUACGGUAGCUUGGCUGCAAAACCAGUACCACAAGUGAACAAUGCUAACUUGAUUCCUCAAAGCAGUGGCAAUCUACUACAGCCUAGGACAAUAUUGCCCGGGAAGCAGUGUGGUAUGUUUUACAAUUAUAGUAAACUUGCGUAGCACUGUAUUGCUAUACCUUUUUAAACCUACAGAAGAUAUGAAAAAUAGUUAGAAAUUUAAAAAUUUGAAUUUUAAAAUAACAUGGCAACAAUUCAGGUCCACUAGACAAAUGUACUGGAGGAUCAGUGUGUAUCAGUGGCUACUGUCUGUGUCCAUCUGGAAUGGCUCCAGACAACAAAGGGAUCUGCAAACCCAGAUCAGAAUUGAACCAAAAACCAAUUUUGGCAGAAGUACAACACCAAAGUGAGUAUAUUAACAUUGACAACAAACCGAUUUUAGGGCGUGAAGUCGGUGAAGGGAAAAUCUUUGAGUUUUGACUAUUAUAAUAUAAUAAUAUGUCACUUGUUAAUCAAAAAGCGGCACAAUAUGCACAAGGUUUAACGCUGACUAUUUUAGUGUUAUACUACUAGUCAAGAUUUCUUUAGUUAUUCACAAAAUCACUACUUUUUCUAACAAUUUUAUGUUAUAAUUGAACGCAUUAUUGUGUUAUACCUAACAACUAACCGUAACCGUCACGCUGAUGCCCUCUAAAUCGUCCACUAUCACUUAAAUUAACAAGCCAUGCCUUAACAAGCCUUAACCAAGCCAUGCUCUAACCCACUUUGCUUUAGUUCAUUCCCUGCUUUAGGUAAUAGCUUUUACCCCUCCGCCCCUGCCUAUCCCCUCAGGCCGAUCCCGCUAGCUUAUUCUCAGCACGACGAAUGCACUCAAAUUGGUUUGCACUGCAAAGGCGGUACCAUCUGCAUCAACCGAUCAUGUCAAUGUCCCAUGGACAAGGUACUCAUGAACGACGAAUGUGUACCAUUACCACCCAAGGCAUCGCUCGACGAAUGUCGCUACUUUCAUUCGCUUCGCUCCGGCAAAUCAACGCCGGCUUCUCACGCUUUACUAAACUCGCCUUUCUGCCGAAAGCUGGCAUAUUCGAGAUGGCCGAGGAAGGCGAACAAGAUAUACAAAAGUACUUAUGACAUGAUUUCAGAACUGGUCUAUGCACGGCCAACCGAGAGCUGCGAGGGUGGACAGGUUUGCACGGGAGGCGCGGUUUGUCAGGACAAAAAGGUAUGGAUUACAUAAGAUAUAUUGAAGAAAAUGGGAAAAAUAAAAGUUGCACCGCUUCUUCUUUGAAGGUAUCCCUAUCUCUUUACGGAUAAGUGUUUUGGGCUGUAUAGUCAUUUUCAAAACUGUUUUGUACAAAAUGUCAGAAGAAUUGAACGUAACGUUUUAGUCAAAUCCUUACAUUAAAAAUAUUUCAGAGAUGCAUGUGUCCGCCUGACAAGCCUAUAAUCCGUAACUUUAUCUGUAUUCGUCACCCGAAUUCACCUCCAGAAGUCCCUAAUUGGGCCUGUAAUGACAGCAAGAAGUGUCCAGAGAACUCAAGGUAAUAUACUUUGUUAAAAUAAUUCUGUGCUCUCAAGGCAAAUUUUUGGGGUUAGCAGGCACAGAAUUAUUUGAACAACCUAGUAAUCAAAAAGUAGUUUAACACAAAGAUACCUAAGUAAAGUUCAGUAGAACUCCUAUAUAACUAAUUGGCGGAGUUCUACGGUGUUUCUUCCUCACUAUCAAGUAGAUAAUCUUCUUUAUCAUAGUAUAAUAUAAUCUCAGAUGAUCUACUUUAACAUAGUAUAAUAUGAAAAUUUUAAAAUUUAGCUGUGAUGGUAAAGACUGUAAAUGUAACGAUGGCUACGUAAAAAGUGGAGAUAAAUGUGUCAUGAUGCCCAGAGACAAAAAUGGUGCCCAUGUUGGCUUACCUCCUGGUAAGUGUAAAGAUAACAAGGUGUUUAACAUAAAUUAUCAUCAAGUAUAAUGUUUAAAUCCGCCUUUUUAAUAUACGGCAUACUGCUUGUUCAAGAAGCAAGGUUAGAAAUACUGCUUAUAUAAAAACACUUUUCAAAACAUACCAUGGUAUUUAUAUGUGACUAAAAGCAAGGGUUAACGAACUGCUUUGUCAAAUCUGCUUUAAUAACACAGCUUGACAAACAAAUUUAGCCAAAACUCAACCAACCCAAACAGUAGCAGCUAGUCCGCCAGUUUCUAACGUCCUGACGCCUUCUGAAGUCCUAAAAAUCCAACAAGCGCGCCUACAACAAUACGCGAUGGAACAACAGUCUUCUCCAUCUAAUGUUGUAAGGCUGCAACCCCGAGCCGUACCUCGAAUAUCCGGACCUCGGCUGCAACGGCCAAAGCCCGAAGCCAAAACUAAGAAGGAGCUAGGCUCGGAAAACGCUGUAGCCAACUGUCCGCCUGGCGUAGCCCCGCUAUACGACGACGACAGUGGUCGGCUUCGUAUCUGUAAUGGGAUGGAGCCACACUGCCCACCCAAGUCGUAUUGCUACGUGACUGGAAUGGCUUCGGCUGACUAUAACUGUUGCCGCGUCUAA